GGUGAACUGUCGGACACUAUAGUGUGCUACACCGGUGUUAGAGUUCUGUGAUGGAGUUUCGCUGACAGUCAGCCAGUAACGCUUCGUGACUUUUGUAGUUUUUGUCUAUCAGCACAAGGACGUACACCAGUGACUUUCAGUUAGGCGACAUGGCGGAUAAUAUAAUAGUCAGGAUUCAGUCCCCAGAUGGGAUGAAGAAAAUUGCUUCCACCAAGAGAGAAACGGCAGCUGCCUUUCUAAAGAAGGUGGCCAAAGAGUUUGGAUUCAGUUCCAAUGGGUUCUCUGUUUAUCUAAACCGCAACAAGACCGGAGAGAUUGUGUCUCAGAACAAAACCCUCAGUCUGCUAAAGAUCAAGCAUGGAGACAUGUUGUUUCUGUUCCCCUCUGCUUCUUCUGCCUCUUCUGGGGAGGUUAUGGACACAGCCACCACACACACAUCUUCAUCUGUCACCUCCGUCUCAUCCACUUCUUCAUCUUCCUCCUCAUCCUCCUUGAUCCCUCGGUCCACUUCAGCACCCCAGGUCCAAGAGGAUGAGAUCGAUCAGUAUCUGACCAAGCAAGAUGGCAAGAUCUACAGGAACAGAGACCCUCAGCUAUGUCGUCAUGGCUCCCUUGGAAAAUGUGUGCACUGUGUACCGUUAGAGCCCUUUGAUGAAGACUACCUGAAUCACCUCGACCCACCAGUGAAGCACAUGUCAUUUCACGCGUACCUUCGCAAGCUGACCGGUGGAGCUGAUAAAGGGAAGUUUGCAGCUUUAGAGAACAUUAGCUGUAAGAUAAAGUCGGGCUGUGAGGGUCAUCCUCCCUGGCCUGAGGGGAUCUGUACCAAGUGUCAGCCAAGUGCCAUCACUCUCAACAGACAGAAAUACAGACAUGUGGACAACAUCAUGUUUGAGAACCACACUACUGCCGACCGCUUCCUGGACUUCUGGAGGAAAACGGGCAGCCAGAGGAUGGGCUACUUGUACGGUCGGUACACCGAACACACAGACAUCCCUCUGGGCAUUAGAGCGGAGGUAGCUGCCAUCUAUGAGCCCCCACAGAGUGCUACCCAGAACAGCCUGGAACUGCUGGAGGAUCCCAAGGCUGCAGCUGUAGAUGAAAUCGCUGCCAAGCUGGGCCUCUGCAAGGUGGGCUGGAUCUUCACUGACCUGCUGUCUGAGGAUAUGAGGAUAGGUACUGUCCGCUACACAAGAAACAAGGACUCACACUACCUGAGUGCAGAGGAGUGCAUCACGGCUGGAUUCUUCCAGAACCAACAUUCAAACUCCUGCAGACUCUCUCGAGACGGAUACUUCGGGUCCAAGUUUGUGACCGUUGUUGCAACAGGUGGUCCAGAUAACCAGGUGCACUUUGAAGGAUACCAGGUAUCCAACCAGUGCAUGGCUCUGGUACGGGAUGAGUGCCUGCUGCCCUGUAAAGAUGCCCCGGAGCUGGGCUACGCCAAGGAGUCGAGCCCUGAGCAGUACGUACCAGAUGUCUUCUACAAGGACAAAGACAAAUUUGGAAAUGACGUGACGUUUCUAGCUCGACCUCUUCCUGUAGAGUAUCUCAUCAUAGAUAUAACCACAACCUUUCCAAAGGACCCUCAGUACACCUUCACCUCCACUCAACGCUUCCCCAUCGAAAACCGAGAUAUUCUUGGAGAGACGCAAGAUUUCCACAGUUUAGCCACUUACCUGUCCCAGUGCUCCUCCACGUCAUUCCUGGACAUCGUGUCAGACUUCCAUCUGCUCCUCUUCCUCGUCACCAAUGAAGUCAUGCCUCUGAGAGACAGCAUCGGGCUUCUUCUCGAUGCCGUGAAAACCUCUAACGAGGAUCUGGCUCAGACCUGGAAGAAGUCUGAGCAGUGGGCCACCAUCGAGCAGCUCUGCAGCACAGUUGGUGGACAGCAAUCCACCUCUUUGGGUUACGGAGCCAUGGGCGGCUCAUCGGUUCCCACUUCUUCCUCAGCCAUGUGGUCCUGCCUCCACUGCACCUUCAUGAACCAGCCUGGCACAGAGCACUGUGAAAUAUGCAGCCUGCCCCGCAGCUAAGCCCCCCCCCACCAGACUUCCACUCUUAGCGUACUUACUGCACCGGUUCCAGCUGCAAGGUUCAACCCCCUCUCACUUCUGUUUCUCUUCACCUCCUUCAGGAUGCCCUCGUUUACACCCGAGUAUCCGAGUGAAUUGAAACCAGACUGGGUAUUGUUUGUUUUUUCAUCCCUCCUCACAGCAGCUCUCGUGAGAGGUGGGCCUUCUUGUCUGAGGCCACAAACCUAUGAAAUUAUCCUCCCUUUAGUGGGUCAGAGAAGUCCUACUGUGACUCAGGAUGACAGCAAAGACUCAACGUCGGGAUGUUUUCUCGCAUCAGUGCCCCCUCUCUCUCUCACAGUGACUUCCGGAAAAUCUUGCUGUGUAUAAAUGACCUUUGGGGAUUGAUGCUGUUAUUUAAUUGAGUUCAUUUUUUAAAUGGUCAGAUUGUAGCGUGUAACUUUGAAUCUUUAGUUUGGACUCUGCUCGGUCAGGUUUUUCCAGGUCUUGCUCUCCGGCAAGCCCUUCACAGUACAAUCAUCGGUGCGAGCGCUGACCUCCAGACACGUAGAGCUGCGGAGUAGAGCUGUUUAAGUAGAGACUGGAGUUUAUACUUUCAGUGUUGAGUUUGGUCCCGGAUUUAAGCGGCAGCCUGAAGUGAUCGCAGAAGUAACCUCAUCCUUGUGAUGGUUCUGAAUGUUCUGUUCUGUUUCAGGAAAUCUGUUCACCGCUUCUGUGAUGGUUUUAACUCGAGUGGGCACGAUAUGUAGCUUCAUUUAUCUCCUCUCUGUUCCUCUGAUCCCAGGUCUCCUUCAUCCUAACUAGCUGUGAGGUGCUUUAGAAACAACUGGUGCUUGUCACUUUCACUCUUGUUGUUUUUGUUCUGGUACAAAUGGGCUAGAACCUCUCCUCCUCUCCUGCUCUGAUGGACCCCUGUGGGUUUUUCUAUCACUCAGCCUUCAAAGGUGUUGGCGGUCCUUUGUCUCACUUGAUGUGAACCUGCAGGCCGGAUAGUGAUGCUUCAGGUCUCUAUGGUGUGUUCUGUUUAUUUGGAAGCUUCUUUCAACAGACACACACUUUACUGAGAUGCAGAGCUCAAAUAUAAAAGCAGACAUGGGAAGCAUUUGAAUGUUUCUCGUGAUGGUAAAGAUCCAUCCAAGUACACAGAAUAUAAGACUUUUAAUCUGCAGACAUAAAAAUCCCAUGUACUGAUGACUGCAUGUGUUGCAGCUGUAGUUAAAAAGGCUGAGGUAAAUUAAAACGUCCCCCAUGGAAAAUUAUUAAAUAAGAGAUUAACAUAAAAUAAAUGAAGUCAGUUUGAAAACAGCCAGUAGGAGUUAAGUUUGUGACAUCAUUUGACCCUUUACCGUGGCUUCAAUGCAUUAAAACUUGUUUCUAUUACAUUUAAUUCAGUUAAAUCAACACUGGGACCAAAACACACACACACACACAUCUGGCAGCAGCUGCUGCUCAGAUGUUUCGUUCAGUCUAACUAAAGCACUCGGAUGUCAGUACUCUAAAGCCAUUUUAGAUGUGAUCAACUCACCACCAGAAAAGAAGUGCCUCUGUUAAAUUGGACCAGUUAGAGAUGACACUGAAGCCCAAACAGAAGAGCAUCCAGUUUGUUUUUCCUGCUGACCAUCAACGCUACGCCCUCACCUGUUAUCUGUACUCUUCAGUAUUUGUUUAUUUUCUUCAUGUGUUUGUGCGCCGCACCGCUUCAGUGAUUUAAACUGGUAACAACAACCCUUUCAGUUUGGACAAGUCACCAGUGGCUCUUGUUUGCUAGUUUGAGACGUGUACGGAUUGAGAAUGUUUUUAGUUGUUAGAUUAAUUUGAUGAACAAUAUAACAUUUUCCGUGGAGGAUUAUUGAUGCUCCGUGUGGAUUUAGGAGUGACUUCUCUGAUGUGGCACUAGCAGGUGGCAGCAACCUUUUCCUUUUGUAUCGCUCUGGGGCCGUUUGCUGAGCAGGCUCGCUCUUGGACCUACAGCCUGUCCUCACUUUCCACUCAGCUGAUUGAGGACCCUGAAAAAUGUUUGCUGUUGAGAUGAAUUUGAAACAAAAAUAAAAAGACAACACGUUA